ACAAUGCACAAGCGCUCCAAGAAACCCGUGUGGGUGCUUUUCAAGAUUUUGGAGCUCUUGAUAAGCUCCAUUUCUGGCUAUGUGCAUUUCAAAGGUUUUAAAGAGCAAGAAAUUCCGCACAUCUUUUUACCGUGCGCCACAUUUGGAAGCGGGGUCAUCAUUGGCAUUCUCAGCUUGGUCGGAACUUUUUUCGCUGACCGGCUUACCAUGCGGGUUGAGGCCCUAACCAGCGGAAUGUUAGGCACGUUGUAUCUAGCUUCCGUCUAUGCGCACAUGUAUCUGGUGCAGCAUGAUAAGCUGCUGCCGUUUCUCAAAGAUCUCGAGGAGGAAAAGGACGGCUACAUAAUCUGCUGCAAUAGAAAUGCCAUUUUGAGCUUGUAUGCUGUUGCCAUCUAUUAUCUGCAUUGCACCUUUGCGCUGGAUAUUCUCCUUUGCCCUGAAAGUGAUCAUUUUUCUGACGAUGUGAAGCGCAGCAAACGUCGACUUAAAUUAUACUUUAUAAGCAAGGACGUUGAGCAUUACGUUAGCCGUUUUCGUUGGUAUCAACUGCUCUCCGCCAGCGUUCUGACCAAGAACGCAGAAAGGAAGCCAUCAUAUUUGGAAAAUGUUAUUCGUAGCAAGUCCAGCGUUUGAAACGUUUCGAUAUUUGCGCCAUCGAUAAAAAUUCAGAUCAGCUGUUUGCCAUAACAGCCCUGUCCAAUUGCGCGCCCAAAUUUACAGCUGUUUUGAAACCUUUGGCUAUGCGCUGUUAUUGUAUUCUAUUUUGUUUAGAGUUUUUGGUGUGCGCAAAAUAUUUAGCGUUUUGGAAAAAUUACAGUGUGUCGUGAUUCGCAAAACUUUUCUUACAACAACUACAACUGUGUACUAAGACUAAAUGGCAAGCGGUGCGGCAAUACAACAUUUAUAUCCAUAACGCUGACGAUAUAUAUCGGCAAUUGUAAUAAGUGUAAAACAAUAUUUGCUUAUUAUUCGGCACGCGCGCAACGGACAGACAAUUUGAACAAAGUGUUAAACACAAACAACAAUAAAACAACAACAAUAACAAGAAAUCAAAUAAAAUUUGCAGCUGCAACGUGCAAACAUUUGAAUAUGUGCUAAAAGUGAAGAAAUUAAUAAAUAUAUCUAGAAUAAAUCAAAUAAACAUUUAACUAGAAUUCUUGCUGGCUGGGAUUAUAAACGUGGAUACAACAGAGCCGACAAAAUGGUGAACAAACAGUAUACGGCCAACGAUCUGGAGGCUUUUAUGAAGAUAGCCGCCAACUGGCAGAGCACCAACCACAAUUUGUUGGAGGGUGUCGAUCUGAAGACAGAAAUGACGCAAUACAUGAACAGCCCAUCGAUGAACAUGUAUAAGAAACGCGAGCGUACACAGAACUGGAAUCACCAGGAGAAGAAAUACUUGCUGGAUCUGUGCCGCAAGGAUAUGCGGAUCAUUGAGAAUAAGCGACUAGACGCUGGCCUAACCGCCGUCAAGAACAAGGCCUGGAAGAUCAUACAUCAAAAGUUCUCCAAUCAAUUUGGCACCGAUCGCACCUGCAAUCGCCUCAAGGAGCAAUGGCGUCGCAUGAAGGCCUGCACGCGUAACGAGAUACUCGACUAUAACAAUCGCCUGGCCAGAUUCGGCGCUGAGGUGGCCGAUCGCAAGAAGCCCUCACCGUUCACCUUUGAGGUCUGGGACUUUAUGCAGGAGGCGAAAAAGGCGUGCAAAUCGGAGGCACUUGAUGGCAUUGACUACUCCAAAAUACCGCUGGCACUUGAGGAGGACUUUGAAUAUCGCGAUGACUACAAAUUCAAUGCUGAUGAGCAUGAUAUGGAUGACAGCCGCACACCGCCACAGGAGCUGUGCGAUGUGGACAUCAAGGAGGAGGAGACCAAUGAAACCUUCAAUGAGACCUACAAUAAUCACAGCAACGAUAUCCAUGCCAAUGGCGAGCGUCUGAGCGUCUCGCCCAAUCACAGUCGCAAUGGCCUGCACGAGCCAGAGAGUCCGGCGGCCGCAACGCUGGACGCAAGCAGCGCCUUUUUGCCGCCCACUGGUGGCGACAUGUCCGGCUUUCAGCCCAGCUUCAACAUGAACAACAUAUCCGCUACGCUGGAGGCGCUCAACGCGCUGCGCAGUGGCCAAUUCCCGAGCGCAGCUGCCGCAGCGGCUGCUGCCAUACAGCAGCAUCAGGCGCAGGCUGUGGCCCUGCAACAACAACAGCAUCAACACAGCAACAACAACAACAACAACAAUAAUGAGGAUGAUGAUGAGCUGCUGAAGCCCAUGGCCAAACGACAGCGCACAAGCAGCAGCAGUCUGGCCAGCGAGGAGCAACAGUCAACGCUGCCUCUUCCACUGCCACUGCCACUAACCGCAGCUGUGCCCCAAUCCGCAGACAGUCAAGCCUUGGAGCGCUGCAGCAGCAGCAGCGGCGUUGUCGUCGUUGGCGGCGGCAGUAGCAGCAGCAGCGCAGCCGCCGGCGCCGCCAGCAGCAGCACAGGCAACUCCUUUGAGCUGCGCCUGUUUAUGGAGAUGCAGAGCAAGGAGCAUAUGAUGCGCAUGAAAAUACUGGAGGUACAAUUGCAGGCGGCCAAGCACAGUCGCGAUCUGGUCGAGAUUAACAAGACGCUGGCGCUGCAAAAGCUGCAGGAGCUGGCCAGCAAGCGGUUGCCCAGUUAGAGCAACGCAUCGUUCACUGUUAACUGCUUGAUUAUCAUCGUUUUCAUCGUUGUUAUAGUUGUAGCUGUAACUUUGUAGCACGUAGCACACUUAGCACGUAGGGCGUAGCUAAAGUUAAAUUUUAGGAUAAGCAACAAAUUUUGUAACCAGAGACAGACCGGCACACACACACACGGAAACACACACAGAAGCAUAACACAUGCAUUGAGCUGCAAUUCACAACAUUCCUGGCAUUGUUUUGACCAGUAUUUAAAAGCUAGAAGCACACACACAUACACACACACAUAGAUAAACGGCAGCUCAUAGCGCUUGCAGCUGCAGCGGCGCACAAAAGUAUGCCAUAUUAUUUUAUAUAGUUAAAGGACUCUCGCCCUCAAUACAACAGCAGCCCAUGCAUACAGCCUACCUCACACACACAAACAUACGCACACACACACACAGGGACACAACAGACUCCUGGGCAGAGGCAGGUGAGUUAAGGCACGUGUUUUGUGGCUCUGCACUUGACCAAGUCAAGUGAUUUGUGAAUACGCCCGAACGCAUUCAAGUUUUUAGUUCUACUUAGUUCUAGUUCUAGUUGUAGUACCCGUAACAGCUCUCCAAGUUGCUCAAACCUAAACGCACACACACACACGCACACUCACACAUACACCAACUCUACUUACCACAAAUGUAUUUUAAAAAUGUACUUAUAAAAUAUAUACAUAUAUAUAUAUGUAUUUAUAUAUAUGUAUGUAUAUAUUUUUGACUUGAGUUCGACUAACGAAAUGCACAACAAAUCUUUUUUUAUCUUAUUAUAGAACUAAGUUAAUCCACUUUGCAUAUAGCGCGCAUAUUAUCUAUAUGAUCGGAAAUUCUUAAUGCUGAUUUAUAUUUAUUUUGUAUAGUUCGUAUGUGGACAUGUUUUUCGUUUUUAAAUGCCAUAUUAAUUUGCAAGUAUAUCCACACAUUUAUUGUUUCAAA